CCUGAUGCUUCCCAGGGACCUGUGUGGCUCACAGAUGUCCCAGCUGCUGUGGAAUUCAUCUCUGCUGCUGAGGUGGCCAUCAUAGGCUUCUUCCAGGAUUUAGAAAUACCAGUAGUGUCCGUAUUCUAUAGCAUGGUGCAAAAAUUCCAAGAUGUGUCAUUUGGAAUCAGCAAUGAUUCUGAAGUCCUGGCCCACUACAACAUCACCAAGAACUCCAUUUCCCUCUUUCGUCUGGUGGAUAAUGAACAACUGAAAUUAGAGGGUGAAGAUAUUGAAAACAUGGAAGCCACCAAAUUAAGCCGCUUCAUUGAGACCAACAGCCUACGCCUGGUGACAGAGUACAACCCUAUGACUGGGUUUGGUCUAUUUAACACAUUGAUUGAGAUUCAUCUUCUCCUGGUGAUAAACAAAGCGUCCCCAGAGUAUGCAGAGAACAUGCACAGAUACCGGGAGGCUGCUAGGCUCUUCCAGAGAAAGAUUCUCUUUAUUCUGGUGGACAGUGGUAUAAAGGAAAAUGGAAAAGUGAUAUCAUUUUUCAAACUAAAGGAAUCUCAACUGCCAGCUUUGGCAAUUUAUCGAACUCUGGAUGAUCAGUGGGAUACACUGCCUAUAAGUGAAGUUACAGUAGAGCACGUGCAAAACUUUUGUGAUGGAUUUCUAGAAGGGAAAUUGUUGAGAGAAAAUCAUAAAGCAGAAGAAAUGACUCCUAAAGUGGAACUCUGACUCCUCCCUGGUACUUCUGCUUACUACCAUAUACUUAUUUUAUGCUGAAUAAAAACAGGCCAUUCAAACCUAAGAGACACCAAACCUGUUCAGCAGGCCUUCCAACCACAGACAUAUGGGUGGUGGGGUUGGUGGGGGGGGGUGCACUCCAUUUUGUUCCUUAAAAUCUCAUUGACUUUUCUUUUUCUUUCUUUUAAAUUCCCUAUAUUCUCUGACUACCCACCUAAUUUUCUAUUGCGCAUUCAUACAGUGUAGAUCCACCUAUGAUGGAAGGCUUUAGAAAUUCUAUGACACCUAUAUGAAGGAGAGUCAUUCCUAGAGAGAGAUCGUUCCAAAGUAUCAUUAAUACUGAAUUUGCCUACUUCACGUGAUUCACACAACAUCGCUUCUGCUCUUCGGAGGUUGUCUAAGGAUUGAAACUCUACCUUCCUUCAUAAGCGCCUGCCUCUCUCUGACUCCCAGCCAAGAACAAAAGAUGGUUUUAAGCACCCUUCGAAAUUGUGUUUUUGCCAGAAGUUAAAUGAUGUCCCCAAGUUUCUGAACUCAGCAUAAACAGAUGUGAAAACUAUGCUUGUUUAGCAUUCCCCAAUUCCCCAGGAAAAUCAACAACCUGUAUAAUGA